UUUCUGCAGACAAUGCUCUUCUGACUAAUAGAAACAGUCAACAAUUUGCUUGCAAAAUGGAACGACCUUCCUCAUCUGCAAUGCAAAUGCUUUACGCAGAAAUGUCAACUGUUAAGGCGCAGAAUGUACGAUUGGAGGAAGAGGUUAUGCUGCUGCGCCACAGACUAAAUCGUGCCUCAACUGAUUACCAAUCAAAUGCCUCGUUGCAUGUGGAGGCAAAGGUCAAAACGUUCCAGCUGGAGGAGGAACGCGAUCGUAUCGUGGAUACGCUGCAGCUGCACAAAAAGAAAUACAACAAACUGCACGAUGCAUAUUUGGAGAAGGUGAAACGCUGCAAAGCGCUCGAGGAUAUGUUCAAGCGGCAAAAAACGCUGACUGGUCUGGUGAUGAAAUCUGCAAUUGAUCAACGGAAUUCGGAGCAACAAAUGCAACUGGAGAAACGCAGGUCACAGCAAAAUAUAAAUAGUGAAAACGAAGUGGGAGAACUGCAAGCGAAGCUGGCGAAGAUGCAAAAGGCUCUGGAUCAGUCCUAUGAUAUUAUCGAUGAAAUGGACUUUGAGCUAGAAAGCGUAGAUUUGCUUGAGAUGCAGAAUAAAAGUUUGCGCGACGAGGUGGCAGCCCUUAAAGCACAACUGGCAACGCCGGCAGUGCAGUCACCAAUUGCCAACGAUGUCGAUGAUCCACCGCCCAAAUACGCCGAAGAAGAUGCUCUUCGCACGCAGGCGGAUCGUUGUGAAUCCAGCGGUAUGUCUUGCCUUAAGAUAGAUGACGACGAUGCCGCUUCGCUGGAGCGAGCCGCCAUGACAAAUAGCCUCAUUGAAACUGUGGAGGCGGAGAGCCAUCGCCUGAGACGAGAGCUUUUGCGUUCGCGCUACCAACGGCAAAUUCAUGACAAAUUGCAGAAGCCAGUGGAAGAGGACGAGGAAGACGAAGAGGGGAAAGAUUAAAAUUUGAGUCAGACAAAACUGGAUACUUAUUAAAUUCUAAUGAAAUCCUAUUUUAGUUCUUUAGCAUGUUUGGCUUUACAGACACCUCAACAUCUUCAUAGAUAAUGGGAUUAAUAUGUAUUGCUGUGGCAAUUUAUUGAUUAUACAUUUAUAUAUUUUUUAAAAAAUGACUGUUUAUUUUGAUAACUUUACAUAUUAUUUUACGAUUUUAAAUUCAUGUAUUUAAAGAUUGUAGUUCCUUUAAUUUUUUUACUUAACAGGAAAAUAAAUCCUUGCAUGUUGCUAUUUAGGGUAACAUCUGUUCAUAAA